AUGGCACCGAGGGCCUCGGUCCAGCGCGCCUUGGCGGCAGGAAUACAGAAAGGCUGCCUGAUCGUGCGAGAGGCUGACGGUGAGGUCCGUUACGGGCAAGACCCUGCGGUCGCGUCGAAAAGCGUUCGCAAAGCCGAAUUGUGCGUGAAGUGCGACAAAUUCUGGGCUCGUGUCUAUCUCUCUUACGACUUGGGCUUUUCCGAGGCGUACAUGCACGGGGACUUCACCACGCCAGACUUGAAGGCUAUCCUAGAGCUUUGGCUUGAUAACCGAGAAUCCUUGAGUGGCCUUCGUUCGCUUUACAGUCAUAUGCAGAAUCUAGCAUCUAUUGCCUUCAUUCGGUUCUUCGGACAGUCACUUACUAACGCAAGGUUGAACGUCAUCACGGGCUACGAAUGCUCAAAUGACUUCUUUGAGGCGCUCCUCAGCAGGGAUAUGACCUACUCCUGUGCGCUGUGGACUCCUGACAUUGGCGGGGUCCGUGGCGACCUCGAAGGUGGUUCACACGAAGGUGAUCUCGAGAAGGCUCAAUUGAAUAAGAUCGCCCAUCUGCUUGAGAAAGCGAGACUACGACCUGGCGACCGCCUAUUGGAGUUUGGGUCAGGAUGGGGUUCACUUGCGAUCCAGGCUGGGAAACUCGGGUGUACUGUGGAUACAAUCACCCUAUCCACUCAGCAAAAAGUCCUAGCGGAAAAGCGCAUCGCCGAACAAGGGCUUGAAAAGAAAGUCAGAGUUCACUUAGUCGAUUACCGCCAUCUUCCUCCUGAGUUUGAGCACGCCUUUGACGGCUUCAUAAGCGUUGAGAUGGUGGAGGCCGUGGGAUUUAAGUAUCUUCCGAGAUUCUUCCAGAUCCUUGACUGGGCUUUGAAGCCGGACAGAGCUUGCGCGGUGAUCACGGCAACGACUCAGCCGGAAUCCCGUUACACAGUCUACCAACCCGAGGACUAUGCGCGGAGAUACCAAUGGCCGAAUUCUUUCUGCCCUUCAGCGACGUCCUUUGUAUCGACAGCCGCAAGUUCUACCAGAGGCAGUUUAGUACUCGAGAGCGUCGAGAACUUUGGUCAUCAUUAUCCUCGAACAUUGCGAGAGUGGGGAGCACGUCUCCAAAAUAACUGGACCGCGGAGACCAUAGCGAAGGUGCGCAGGAGCCAGCCUCAUCUUGAGACUACGGAGGAUCUGGAGGCUUUCAAGCGUAAAUGGGAAUACAUGUGUGUCUACGCCGAGGUCGGAUACGCUGGAGCAUAUACUUCCAUGCACUACUUCACGUUUUCCCGACCGGAGAGCGUUGUCGAGCGCUGUGACUAGAGCUUGUAUACGUAAUGACUCUUUCGAUUACCUGUCAUAUCC